CGUCAUCGGGACCGGUGCAUUCGCAGUGUAUUUGGGGGAUGCAGCUCCUCACGAAGCGAAGCAUGCACACGCAGGGAACACCGGACAGCCUUUUGUCUUUAAAUGACCCGGUUUGGUUUCAUAUAUGUAAAUAGAAGCGACGCAGACGUUAUUAGAAACACACAGCAGGUUAAAAGGCGGGACUUCCUUCCGGCUGUUUAUCUCAGUGUGCAGCGCGAGGCGAGCCAGUGCAGGAUCAGAUAACAAGGUUUUCUCGUCACACGCCACACCAUGCUGGGCUGCUUGCUGCGAGGAGGCCGCAGUCCUCUGGUCUGCCUGUGGGCCCUGCUGCUGCUGCCGCUGGUCUCUCUCCAUCGCUUGAACCAACAUGGCCGCAGGAGCCACAGCGUGAGGGAGCGGCCCAAGCUGCUGCUCGUGUCCUUCGACGGCUUCCGCUGGGAUUACAUCCACCGGGUCCCGAUGCCUAACUUUCGCAGCCUGAUAGAUGACGGAGUGUUGGUGGAGCGGGUGGAGAACGCCUACAUCACCAAAACCUUCCCCAACCACUACAGCUUGGUGACGGGGCUGUAUGCUGAGACGCAUGGCAUCGUGGCCAAUGAGAUGUACGACCCCACUCUGAACCGCUCCUUCUCCAUGGAGACGGACAGUAUUUAUGACUCACGGUGGUGGGAGGAGGCGGUGCCUCUCUGGGUGAGCAUUCAGAAAGCUGGAGGGCGGAGCGGGGCUGCGAUGUGGCCGGGAUCUGAUGUGAAGAUCCACGGCAUGUUCCCUAACCAGUACCUCCAGUACAACUCCUCCGUCUCCUUUGAAAGCAGGGUGGAGCGGAUUAUUGAGUGGUUCUCUGCACCCAAAGAAGAAGCAGUGGAUUUUGGAGUUCUGUACUGGGAGGAGCCGGAUGAGAGCGGGCACGCCCUGGGACCCCUCAAUACCCUCAUGGACAAAGUCAUCGCCGGGAUCGACGAGAAUCUCGGCUUCCUCAUAAACGAGCUGAAGAAGGCAGGGCUGUAUGAGAAGGUGAACCUGAUCGUGACCAGUGACCACGGGAUGGCGCAGCUCUCCCCCAAUAAAAUCAUAGAGCUGGACGAGUACGUGAGCAGAGACCUGUACACCUGGGUGGACAAGAGUCCGGUGGUGGGGAUACUGCCCAAAGAAGGGAAGCUGGAGGAGGUGUACAGUAAGCUGGUGGACGCAAACCCGAACAUGAUGGUGUACAGGAAGGAAGACGUUCCCGAGCACUUCCAUUAUCAGCACAACGUCAGGAUCAUGCCCAUCCUCAUCGAGUCCAAGGAGGGCUGGACCAUCAUGCAGAACAGGAGCGGGCGCUACAUGCUUGGGAACCACGGCUAUAACAACUCCCUACCCAGCAUGCAGCCUGUGUUCGUGGCCCGUGGGCCGGCCUUUCGGCAGAAUUACGUCAAGGACUUCAUGCGCUCUGUGGACCUCUACCCUCUCAUGUGCCACAUCCUGUCCAUCCACCCUCUACCAAACAACGGCUCCCUCUUAAACGUUCAGGACCUGCUGUCUGUGGAGCCGACUCCAUCCCCGCCCCCCACCCUCGCUCCCAGAGUCAACGGAUACUCCUACGCCCCCGUCGUGGGUUCUUUCCUUGGCGUGGUUAUGGUGCUGGGCUUUCUGGUGGUCUACAUCAGACAAGUGACGCUCAAACAGCUGCCCUCACUAAAACACAGAAGCAGGGAGAUGUCGCAGCCCUUACUGCAAGAGGACUUGCACCUGUAGCUGAAGAUAGAGAAAUGAUGGCAGACGUAAAAGAAGAGGAGGUAUUGCUCCCCAAGGUAGUCCGCUCUGUCCAGAAGCAUCCCCGAACGCCUCCCUUAUACCACUAAAUGCCAGUGUGCUGCUCUUUUUAUUAUUAGCCGGAGAUCAAGGGAAUCUAACCUAAUCAUGUACAGAGGUACGUCUCGCUUGUUUGAGUGUAAGGGGAAUGUCUGGGGUUUGCUUCUGGUGCAGGCUUAAUCAAGAUAAUAAACCUUUACAUGGGCUUUAUAGUGGCUUUGCUUUGAUUGUGAAUUUUACCUAAACUCAUCUCAUCAUUUUCAUCGUCACUAAAUAAGUAAAAACUCAAAGCUAAGAGUGGAAUUUAACCUGUGACUCUGGCAAGUACGAACCUUUGGUGGCCAAAACUGUGACCUGGAUAACAUUAAGGUGUCAGUAUGCUCAAAAUCAACUUGUUUUUUGGAGGUGAAAGAGCAGCCACAGUCAACGGUGGGGUGAAAAACCUUAACUGAAGCGUAACUGCACCAACAAUCUUUCCUUGAUGGCAGUCAUAGUUUGUCACUCAGUUGCACACAGGGAAACAGAAGUAAUGAAGUGUGAAGAAUAAUAAAAGAAGCUCGAGGAGGAAGUUCAAACCCUCUACACACCGGGCCAGUUGCUUUGUGAAGUGGCAUAAUGUCGGAUUGUACUUUUUGGAAAGUUACAUUAAUGUCCGACACAGUCAUGGCUGUCACUGUGCAGGGACUAAGAGUGCCUCAACAACACAACAGGUUUUAGUGCUUAAAAAUAAGCUUUAUUGAUGCUACCUAGUGGACAAAGAUGACAGUUUUAAGACAAAUUAAAUGUAGGGCUGCAUUAAGGGUGCAGUGCUUUUUCAGCUAAGAUGCUUUGUUUGCAUCUGGUUGCUAUGAUACGAAAUAUUCGCAGACGUAAAACUGUCAGCACAAAGUAGAGUGCUUGCUCUGGAUGAAGGGGAGGAUGAACGGACAAACCUGCCUAUCGAUGUGGGUUCUGAAUUAAUUUUUCGUUUCUCCAGUUGGUCUUUCUGGUAUUUGUCUUGCCCCUCCUCCACUGUGAUUGGACGGCUUGUUAAAAGUAACAGUGACAAGCAGCUGCAGCAUUUUACCCAGAGUUCAACAUUUCUCAACGACCGGAAAACAAUUGCCAAACGUGUAGCCUUCAGCACAGGAUAGAUGCUCAGUGCCUCGUCAGGCUGCUGGAGUUUGUAGCAAAGUGUCAGCGCGCCCACCGCAAAGAAUUUAAGAAACAUGCUGACCGCAUACUGACAUCUUGAAAGUAAGGCUGGAGAUAUACUUGUGUUCUAAUCAUGUGUUUGCGUAGACAGUGGGUUGCGUCGUAAAAGAAAGUAUCAUUCACUCUCUUGCUUGUGUGCUACAUGUGUUACUGCAGGAUUCCACUAGAGGGCGCACCAGAGAACUAACUUGUGUCCACUGGGUGCGAAUAAAACAAUUCACACAAUUUCGGGUCAUACGUUUAUUCACGAGAGUUGAAAAAUACGAACUUCAGCGACCAAUUUGCACUGCGAUAGCCAGUCAGCAUUGAGAUCCUCCGGGGACGUAUGACGAGGAGGACAUGCCAAGUGAAAUACAGAGAUUUUACGCUCGUAUGACGCAAGUUAUUUGCGCGUAUGAAGGAAGUCAACACAAAUUUUCUAGCAUUCAAACUCGUGCUAGUAACGCCUAGCAAAAAUCUGAUGAACAUUAGACGAUAUAGAACUUCCAUAUUUGCGUCAUGUAAACAAUAAACACGGCAACACUCCAGGAAAUUAUUGUAUUGUUAAUUCUGAGAUCAGUGUGGCUCACGGCAGAAAAAGCGGCAGCAGCACCCUCAUAGCUAGUAUGUAUAAAGCAGAUCAUGACGGUGGUGAGUUUCUUUCUCUCGUUCUGCCAACACUGCCCUGACCGUUCAUGUGUGUAUUACAUUUUGCGGACACGUCCUGAUGAUUUUUGAGGACGUGCCCAACAAACACUCCAAAUGGACGCAUGUGACGCGAGGCAGCCAUGAUGUGCACGCAAACACAGUUAAAAGCAAGUAUAUCUCUGACCUAACAGAGGUAUGGACAACAGUCGAUUACUUGGUGUAAGAAGAAGGUCAUGUCAGAUUUUUGCCACCAACUGUUCUACUUAGAACUUCAUUUUAAUACAAAUGCUGUGAAUAAUCAGUAAAGCAUUCAGCUGCAGUCCCUGGAGACUGGCUGGGGUCAGUAUUAUUUCUGAAUGUGACUUGGAAGCAGAUGUUCCACUAAAGACUCACUCAGUGUGCCAGGCUACUGUCGUAGGUCAUCCCAUGAGCCGAUCACAUCACGACCUUGCUCUUUAGUAGUCAGUUACCAUUUGCCUUUUAACUUAACGGAGAACAUCUCUCUAAGGUGUGCAAUCGUUUGUGUGUCAGUCUGUUUUAUCUUUGUUUUUGUAGAGUUUGUGUUUGGAGGGCAUUUUUCUGUAUAGAUGACCGUGUAUCGCCCUACGUUGACCGUCAUAACCAUGACCAUUUGUUGGUGAAAUGUGAAGUGCAAUUGCUAUUGGUCAGUAUUUCGUCAUAGGGAUUAAAGGGUUUCGUUGUUGCUUGGUUGAGAAGACUAUUUGGGCAUGACUUGCAAGAACUGUUCCCCUGAUUUGCACUACAGGACAGAAACGAAACAGAACGAAGGGGGCAGUAGUUUGAUGCUUCGUAGGUCAUGUAUAAUUUGCACUUCUUGUUCGUAGUUGCGAUUUAAAUAGAUAAAAAAAAGUUAGGUGCCUCUUGCCAAAAAGCUUUUUAAUUAGCAUAAUCAUAGAAAAUCAAGUAGAAUCCAAAUCUGCAAAUUAAUAAGUCAAAUAUUUUUUCAGCAUCUUUUAAGAAACAAUUGGUUGGAUUUUCUCCUUAUGCUUUUAGAUGCAUUGACUAAUAAUACCUGUGCCCAAAUCAAUGACAGACAUCACUGUGAUAUAUACUUUGUACGAAAUUUAAAUUCUUAAAUUGAAAGCAUUUAUAUGGAAAUUGUUAAUUUUCUGAUAAUUGUCUUGUUUUAUGAAAGAGAAGUGUUGUCUGAUAAUUUUCCCCUGACUUGUUGACAGAGAAAUGAAAUAUAUCCGCAGUAUAUUUAAAUGAUUCAUUUGAAAUUGUUAGAGAAGAAGAAAUAUUAGAUCAGGUUUAUCUCAGUUGAUUAUGAGCUGGAUUUGAAAUAUGGAAAUUUAAUAUGAUUUACAAAUUAACUAUCUUUGCCAUGUUGAUGCAAUUAAAGAGUCUUCUGAAAUUAAAGGGACUUAUGUGAAA